GUCUGUAGUCUCAUUGCGGAAUUUCGCAACGGAUAGUAGUUAACACGUUCGCCGCAUUUCGCAGUUUUAGCUCGAAAUAUUCGUGAGAAAUUCAACAGUGCCGUGCCGGGUUGAACUGAAACUGUGAAGUUUCGCUCUUGCCGGCGAUCGCACGAAAUCCUUCAUAGCUCUUUUCGUCGUCAUGGCCGCCGUCACCGUCAACGCCGUCCCUGUAGAGAAAGACGCCACAAUUCUCAAACAAGACGUCGAAGUCCAACCACAAAACCACGCAAUUGAGACCAGCGAUGGUAUAAAAGGACAAGACUCCGGUUAUGUCAAAAACGUACCGGGUGAACAUCUUCCCGUUAAUCCUACACUUCAGCCAAUGCCAUGCAACAUCAUCACGAUAACUCGCACCAUCAAGCCCCCUGAAAUGCAGUACCCAAUUCGCAAGGAGUAAUUAAGUUUAGGAUAUUACGAUAUGUACGCUACUAGUCGAGCAUUUAUAACGGAUCAGUAAAAGUUCUUAUCCA